GGAGAUGAUUGCGGUGUCGCAGCAUGCAGUGGGCUCUUCAGAGCGAGUGGGCGCCCAUAGCUUUCCGGAGGUGAGCGUCACGGACAAGUUGUCCCAGACGGCUUUGGGUCUGAUCUUGACCAUGGUGAUGCCGGUGCCGGGCACCGUGGAGCUGGGCGUGGUGUCCAUUGGAGCCCUGUGGCUGCAAGGCGACUCUGCGGGGAAGCACGUGGUGGUAGAGCACCCGCCCCCGAGCGACGACACAAGCUCCGACCCCUUCGGUCGCUUCCGGCAGCGCCCGCGGCCCUCGGCGCUGCGGUUGUUGCAGGGCUGGGCGCACCAAGCUCCAGCUCCGGCGAGCGCGAGCGAAGAGCCGAGCGCGCGCGAAGAACGCGCGAGCGACGGAGAGGAGGCUUCGCCGGAGACUGGCACCGUGUUUGUGCACAACGCGGCCUCGCGCAUGGUCACGGUACGAGUUCUGGAUCAGGGUCGGAACAUCGCCCUCCGCGCGUACGAGAAGGUUCAGGAAGCGCAUCCCAUGGUGCGCUUGGUCUCCAAGGCGGUGGCCAAAGGCUUCGGCGCCGUGGCCGGGAACUCCUGGACUGCCGAUUCGAUGCCCGGGGUAGCCAUCGGGCCGGCGGACGCGGCGCUGCUGCCGCUGCCCAUGCACCAGGACCUUCAGAAUUAG